AUGGCGUCGCUGAGGGGGGCGAAGCGGAGGAAGCGCAAGCCCGAGAGGGCCUUGCCGGCGAAGGCGCCGCCGGUGCCGCUGCCCCUCGAAGGCGACUGGUGGGACGCCUUCUCCCGCAGGCUUGCAGCAGGACAACCUUCCAAAGAACGCCAAAACUUCAAGACUGCCUUAAAGAUGUCAAGGAAGACUUUUGACUACCUUUGUUCUCUGAUUAAAGGGGACUGCACGAGAAAGACACAAACUUACAGAAAUUUCAGGUUUGGGGACAAGGUGAUUCUAGGUGUGGAGGAUCAAGUCACCAUUGCUCUGCUAAGACUGACCACUGGUGAGUCACUUCUGGGCAUAGGAACACGCUUUGGGAUGAACCACUCAGCCAUCUCAAACAUCACUUGGAAGUUCAUUGAGUGUUUGGAGGAGCGCGCCGCUAGUCAUCUGAAGUGGCCUGACCCUGAGGAGAUGGCAGCCAUCAAAGCGAAAUUUGAGAAGAUCCAGGGUCUCCCGAACUGCUGUGGCGCUAUAGACACAACACACGUCCUCAUGUGCUCUUCAGCUCAGCCCAACAGCAAUGUCUGGCUAGACGGUGAGAACAGGAACAGCAUGGUCCUGCAGGCCAUUGUCGACCCUGACAUGCGGUUCAGAGAUGUCGUCAGUGGCUGGCCUGGAAUCUUAGAUGACUUGUGCAUCCUGCGCACCUCAGGCUUCUACAGGCUCUGCCAGAAAGGCUCAAGGCUGGCUGGGCAAAUGGAGCUUCCUGGAGAAUCAGCAGGGUCAAUGGUCAGAGAAUACAUUGUUGGGGAUCCCAGCUACCCUCUCCUUCCAUGGCUGGUGACUCCAUACCAAGAGCACGGUCUAUCUUCAGAGAAAGUGGAAUUCAACAAGUGUCACACCGCGACGAGAAUGGUGGUGCAAGGUGCCCUGGCCAAUCUGAAGGAUCGGUGGCGGGUGCUCAAGGGAGAGCUGUGGAGGCCGGACAAGCAUCGGCUGCCCAGGAUCAUCUACGCCUGCUGCUUGCUCACCAACAUCAUGAUCGACCUUGAAGAUGCCGUGAGGGAUGGGAUGCCAGCGUCCCACAACCACGAUGACGGCUACAGGCAGCAGGUCAGCAAUGUGGCAGACGACGGCGCCGUCAUUCAGAGAGACCUGCUCUGCCAGUAUGUCAGUCGGUUCGGCAGCCAAUUACCGGAAUGA